UUAUCCCUUGUUCAACUGUUUAUUCAACUUGACCUUGACAUGCUAGUUGCUCUAAGAACUGCACCAAACCACAGCUGGAUGAAUCCAGCAGAAAGGUGCAUGUCAAUUUUAAAUUUAGCACUGCAACAUGUUGCUCUUGCAAGAAAAGAAAUGGAACCCACAUAUGAAAAUGCUGUCAAACACAAAUCUACACUUGGUGCUGUGCGUAACUUGGCUAACAUUAAGACUGGUUUCAAAGAUGCUUUUGCUGAAUCUGUUGGGAGUGUCAUUGAACUUGUUAACUCUCGAUUCAAGAGGAUGAAACUGAAAGAUGAACAUUUAAAAGUAUACACAGGCAUUCCAGAUGAAGAAAUUCAAGCCUCUCUUGAUGUUGUUGGUCAGGUCCUUAAUUCCAAUCUCACUGUUGACAUGUCUACAGGAGAUUUACGUAAGGUUAAGAACUUGCAGACCUUCUUGGCAGACCAUGGAAAGAGUAGUCACUACAUGUUCCAGUUGAAAAAGUGCAAUAACUGUGCCUAUUGCACAGUUAUUAACCCUCCAAGGCUUCCUGUUGCUGAAUUCCAGAGUUUGCAUUUUCUGCCUGACCCUGUUCCAGGAGGAGAUGGCCAUUAUCAAACCUUUGAGGAGGUGUAUGGACAAGUAACAGGCGAUACAUACAGGCCGAGUGCUCAAGUACAGGAUGAUCCUGCCACUGCCAAUGACAGGCGUAACCGAGAUACAUUUAAGACCCAAAAAGUUCGUGAUGUUAUUGUAUGUGGAGAGUGCUCAAAACCAAGAUGUGUCUACAGUGAUAAAAAGCUUACCCGUGAACAAGAGGAACUGUUGCUGCGUUUAAAGGAGGAUCAUGUUUACACAUGUGGAGACCCCAUGGUAGCAGAGGAUGUGGAAGAUCCAGGCAUGGUUGUUCGUGAGGCCAUAAACUGCACAACAGAAGUGGAAACAAGUUAUUUCUCGACCUCCUUAAAGCACUACUUACCUCCAGUUUGUGUUCACUGCGGAAGUGUUGACAGUCUUUUAGAUGAUACAGACCCUUACAUUUCUGGCUUAUUUGAGCAAUAUUCUAUUGUUAGACCCAUAUGCCAGAUUUGUAAAAAUAAUGGCAAAGAUGCAAGAACAUGGGGGAAAAAAUUUCUGCCCAAGAGGUGCAGAAGAUAAACUGUUGAAUGUUGUUCAUGAUGAAGUGAAAUUGUAACAAAUAGAACAGUGUGCAUUCUUUGCUAACAAUUUAUUUCAUUAUUUUGUCCGAAGGUAAAAGCUGUUCAUAUUGUAUACAUGUGCCCAAAAUACAUAAUUUGCACCAUUAUUGUUAUAUAAUUCCAGUUUUGACUAAUAGGGUGUGAAAGUAUAAUCUGAGACAUUGCACAGUGGUUUUAGUACAGUGUAAUAAUGAUUUUUACAUGUAUUUCAAAGAAAAUAAUGAUAUUUUAAAAUAAAAUGUAAUCGCUCA